AUGCCGUCUGUCAAGGAAGACAACGACAGCCGCGCCUUAGCUUUACUUGGCAAGAAGCAAGUGCUCAAGCGACGAUUCGGGUUCUGGUCCCUCUUCGGUUUCGCCGUUUGCGAACUCAUCACCUGGGAAACAGUACUUGCUCUAUUCAGCCAGGGCUUCGACAACGGCGGACCAGCAGCCCUUGUCUAUGGCUUCAUCAUUGCCUGGUCCAGUACUCUAUCAGUGUAUACCGUCAUCUCGGAACUCGCGUCCAUGGCACCAAUCGCCGGCGGCCAGUACUACUGGGUGUACAUGCUUGCUCCACCACGGUGGAAGGUUUUCAGUAGCUAUAUCAUCGGCUGGCUGACAUCUCUAGCCUGGAUCGCCACUGUCGCAACGGAGACCAUCUUCGCGGGUACGAUGAUCCAGGGCGCCAUCAUUCUGGACAACGAGAACAGCUACCAUGCCGAACGCUGGCACGGCACGCUUUUGGCAUGGCUGGUCAUUGCGGUUGCCAUCUUCAUCAACGUGGUUAUCCCGGGAGCACUGCCCAAGGUUGAGAUCUUCAUCAUCGUCUUCCACAUAGCCGGAUUCAUUGCCAUCCUGGCAACGUUGUGGGCCACGGCACCACAUAACUCCGCGCACUUCGUCUUCACCACGUCGCUGAACGAAGGCGGCUGGCCCACGCAAGGUCUCUCCUACUGCGUGGGAUUCCUCGGUAAUGUGGCAACCUUUGUCGGCGCCGAUGCCUCCGUGCACAUGGCCGAAGAGGUCGAGAAUUCCGCACUCAAUAUCCCCCGCGCCAUCAUCGCAAGCAUGUGCAUCAACGGCCUCGUCGGGUUUGUCAUGAUGUUGACAGUUCUGUUCUGUCUUGGAGACGUUGAUUCCGUGCUCGAGACCGCCACAGGAUACCCAUUUAUUCAGAUUUUCUAUAACAGCGUGAACUCCACCUCUGGGGCGACCGUCAUGGUGGCCAUCGUCCUGAUCCUCACGUGGGCCUGCGCCACCGGUAUAAUCACCACCGCAUCCCGAAUGACCUGGUCAUUCGCCCGCGACAGGGGCACGCCCUUCAGCAGCACGAUUGCCUACGUCUCGCGUGUCCGAAGAGUUCCUGUCAUCGGCGUCGCCGUCGUCACCACAUUAGCCGCCUUGCUUACAUUGAUCUAUAUCGGCAGCACGACGGCGUUCAACGAUGUGAUUUCCCUAACGAUCACCGGUUUUUACUGCUCGUAUUUCCUGCCCGCGGCGUUUCUAUUGUGGCACCGAGUCAAAGGACACAUCGAGCCACACAGGAAGGAGACACCUGGCUUGCCUGUCGACGAUGACACCGGCAUGGAAAGCAGCAACAGCCAUUCCGACCCCAUCGAGAAAAUCACUCCGUCAGCCGCCGGCGGCACUGAACUUUACGGGGAGAAGAAACAGCCGCAUUCAGACACCGAUCCUUCACAGGUACAGACCACCAGCUCCAGCAACCUACCAAGAUUCGAGACCGAGACCCAGAACCGUCGGCCCAGCCUGAUCGCCCAAGCUCCACUGCAGUGGGGCCCCUUCCACCUGCCCGGCCUGCUCGGCACGCUGAACAACGCCUACGCCUGCGUGUACAUGAUUUUUGUGAUCUUCUGGUCCGUCUGGCCGCCCGUCACGCCCGUGGACGCAAGCACGAUGAACUACUCCGUGGUAGUCACGAGCGGGGUCGUCAUCUUCAGUAUUAUAUGGUAUUGGGUGCGAGGACGGGAGGAAUAUCAUGGCCCGACCAUCGAUGACGAGGUCCGGGCCGUUAUGAGGCUGGGCAGCGUUGUUGCAGUGUAG